AUGGCUCCAUCUACAUUCGACCACCAGGGUACCCCACCGGGGACCACCAGCUUUUCGUCGUCGAAUGACUGCCUAGAAACCAGCAGAUCUCCGAAACCCGACAGCUUGCCGAGGACAAUCGUUUCAGGGCGAACCACCACCGACCCGCCUCCUAUUCCAGAAGCGCGGUUCCCUGUUGAAGCGCAAUUGUCGUUCAAGUCCGCCGUGAGAAAGCGCCGCCUUGCCCCCUACCUCCUGGAAAAGAUACAGAACUUCCGCGAAGGCAACGAGCAAGGUUUGCCUACAACGGGGGUUCUACGUCACGUUCGCCAGAAAGACUACAACGAGCUCAACGACCUUCUCGAGAAGGAUCCAGCGCUUGAGUACUUCGCCUUCCGCCAACUGAAGAUUAUAUACAAUCCAAAGCGACGGAGGCUUUCAUACAACAUGCCUGGUCCUGUUCAUGAAGCCACCAUCGACGGCGUGGCCGACUUGAUUAAUGACCAAUUGAAAGAUAUCAGAACGAAAUGGACAUUGCCUGACGUCGAUGGAAAGCAUCAGGAGAACCUGGCAGAACAGAUCCGGUCCCGGGGUUCCACCAGGGUCAAGGAACGGACUACCGGCGACAAAACCGAUCCUGACAAGAAUUGGAUAUUCACUGGCGGAGGGGACCGUUCCUGCUUCACUCUCGAGGUGGCUAACUCUCAGAACUAUGGUGAGAUCAGAGAGAAAGCCAAAAACCUUAUCAGCAAGUGUCGUGGCCGUCCUGGAAUGGUCCUCAUCAUUUCGAUUAGCUACAACGAGCCAAACGCAAAGAAAUUCAAGAAGGCUGCCGCUUACACCAUCCUAGCCCUUCGUGAUGUGAAGCAGAAGGAUGGCUCUGUGAAGCGCCAGGUAGAUCCGGUUCAGGGCCGGACUAUCAUUCGGGAUUCGAGCGGCAAGGCGCAAGGCGGAUCUAUUUCCUUUACCAUCAAGGAUAUGCUGGGAUUGAAGAACGAGGAAGCUUACGAGAAGAAGAGGAACUCUGAAGAUCCCGUCGUCGCAAUGUAUACGGCGCAAAUCCUGGACACGAAGAUUGAAUUAUCCUUCGCUGCUAUCACCAAGAUGAUCGAGGAGGGUGAAGAGACGGCUAAACUCGAAACGAUCAACGACAACAAUCCUGACAGUGAAGACGAAGACUUCGAGACCAGUGACAACUUCAGCCCAGAGGACAGUGUGGACUCCUGGCCCUCAUCCGAGUCCGAUAAGCAGGAGGACCCCGAUGAUGGAACUUACAAGCCAAGCCAUCAGGGUGAAAAUGAAAACGCAGGGAAGGGCCCACGCCGCAGCCGAAGGCUUGCGAAAGCGUAG